UGUAGCAACAUCGACCUAUUCAAAACGUAUUUGUUAAAAACAUAUUAAUUGGAUAUGUCUCCAAAAGGAUGUAAGCGAUUUUUUGUAACAUAUAUAAUACUGCAACUAUGUUUAGCGGAACAAAAUAUCCAACAUAAAGCUCGGAUAAACUAUAAACUCAAAGUUGGGCAUAUAUCUGACGAAAUCAGUUCCAGCAGUCUUGCGAAUUGUUUGAUAUAUUGUCGCAUGCAGCAAGAUUGUAUUACGGUGUCAUUUAAAUCACCAACAGAAAAUUGUCUGUUGUCGUCGAACGAUACAAUUAAUGACAGUUCAGAGAUACCUGGUACUCCCACGUCGUUGAUAUUUGCUGACGGAUGGACUACAAUGACAAAAAUGAGAUAUCCAGUUUUUCACGCGACUGGUCAAUAUGGGCGUUACGGUAUGACUUUUGAACAAGCUAUACAACAAUGCAUUGAUUAUGGAACAACUAUUGCCUCCCCGACAGAAGUAAUACAAGCACGAUCCAUGGGGUAUGCAUUUUGUGCUUGUAGCUGGAUGUCAAAUGGUUCCAACGGCUUGGUUGUGCAAAACUACAGCCCUGGUUGUGGUUACAGUGAAACGAUUAAAUACUGUAGUCGAAGUAAAGCAAAUGUCUUUUGUAAACUGGUGUAAGAUCAACGUACAGAUUCGCAAGUAAAGCAAAUGACAAGAAAGAUAUCUUAUGCACAACAAUGUGGAUUAUUUGGGACAUGUUUGAUAAUCCACAAUUAAAUAAUUGUCAUGUUAACGACUUAUAAAGUUUCAAUUUCAAUUCUGGUGCCAGAUUUAAUUUUAAGUCAGCUAGUCUAACCAUGCAUUCCAUUCCAAGGUACACCUUACCGAAGCUGAUUUUCAGAAAUAAAUUACUCAACUAUAGCUCGUAAGUAAGUAUUAUUUGCAGAUUUCAAAAAAACUGUAUUAAUAUCGAAAAAAUUAGAAUUGCACUGUCCCGGCUUAGAGUUUCUUCACAUAUACUUGAGAUUGAAACUGGUCGGUGGAAUAAACCUAGUGCUAUACCUUAUGAUAACUGGAAAUGUAAAAAUUAUCCAAUUUUAGAAGAUGAAUUUCGUUUCAUUUUAUCAUGUUCGCUUUAUGAUCAAUUACAAAAAACAUAUAUAAAAAAACACUUUUGGAAAAGACCAAAUAUGCCUUAAUUUGUUGCAUUGAUGAAUUCAGAAAAUGAAAUAAAAAUUAGAAACUUUAGAAACGAAGUGAAUUAGAAAUGUAUAUAUUUAAAGCUUUCGAUCUUCGAAACGCUAUUCUUAAAAGUUAAUCAAAAGUUUGCCCAAACGCUGUAUCACUGUUUCUUGUAUACAUUUUUUUGUGAUUUACUCAUUUAUUGAUAGGAUGGCAACUGUCUUUAGUAUUUAUUUACGAGCAAUAUAAUACGAAACAUGUUGACACUUGUAUCACUAAGUGAUAGUAUAUGCCAUUUUAAUGAACGUUAAGACUCUGUAACUUCAUGAUAUAUGUUUUAUAUGAUAUUGACUUUGACCAUUUGACUGUAUUGUAUGCUUGCUUAUUUGUUAUACGUACUGUGUACACAUGGGCAUAUUGCCCGAAUGUACUUUGAAAUAAACUCUUGAAAUUCUUGUAAUACACCCCUGAUGAAGGCAUAUUUCGCCGAAAGUACUUGGGUAUUUUUACUUCAGCACUGUAUGAACGUCUAUUUUCUCUCAAUUUAUAUAUAUAUAGUGUAAUUUAAGGUAAACAACGACAUAUUGAACCGCUUUAAAAACAUGUUUACUCUUUAUAAAUGCAUAAUAAAUAAAUAUAAAGAAGGACAUUAUAUAAAACUUGACUCUAUGAAAUGACUUGAAAAAAGGAAGGUCUCUCAAGAGGAACGAAAAUAAAGUUUAAGUGUUAAAAGUUUAGACUCAGAUUGAUUGAGUCUGUUCAUAUUUAAUAAUGGAAAAUGCAACAAAAGGUAAGUUGAUUCUAUAUAAGAACAUCAUCAAGUUUUAUCAAGAUCAGAUUAUUCUUAGAUUCUUGUAAAAGUUUUAUCUCAACGUAAUAAGUUCGCUCGUAUAUUUGUUAUCCUUAGUUAGUUAGUUAGUUAUCCUCGAUAGGCAUGACUGAAAAAAAACAUACACAAUUAGCAGUUUUGUUUCUAACCCACUGGCGUUCCCAUAUUAUAUUUUAAAUAUUCAUAAGCCCAUUCAUAGGAUGUAUGUUAUGGCCUGAAUCGAUCAUUAGGAAAAACGUCACGCUUUAUUAUUAUUUUUUAUGCUACAUCAAAGUAGCAGUAACAUCGACUUAUUUAACGUACUUGUAAAAACACAUCAAUUGGAUAUGCCUUCAAAAGGAUGUAAGCGAUUUUUGUCACAUCUAUAAUAAUGCAACUAUGUUUAGCAGAACAAAAUAUUAAACCUAAAGCUCCGAUAAACUGUAAACUCAAAGUUGAGCAUAUACGAGGAAUGAUCCAAAAUAACAUAGACUUUUGAUGUAAAAGUUAUUUAUUUCAGUCUAUAAAGUACACUUAUCUAUAAUAUACAAAAUACACCAUCAUGAAUUGGCACAUUUCAGUUUAUUCUUACAAAACAUUAGAAAAAAUAGUCACAGAAAAACUACAUACAAAACAAAAGGGUCACUGUGGUCUGCGCGGUGCAUGUCAUUGCUUAUGGCAUAACGUUGUUCACGAUAACGUUGUUGACGUCGCAUCUUUUUUAUUUACUAUAUAGAUGACGGGUAUACCAGGCGACUAUCUAACAUAUUGACAUGUAUCAAUACAUUAUCAGAAUCACUUACCGGUAUGCAAUAAAAUUAAUGGAUUGUUCCCUUCCCUUUCCCAAUACCCGGUAGACAUGAUUUAAUAUUUAGAUGUAUUAUUAUUAAUGAUGUUUUGUAAUUUUCAACUACAAUGCAUCCUUCUAUCAAUAUUUGAAAUACUGAUUGGAAAUGUUCCCAUUAUAGACCUAUCCUCUUUAAAAGUAAUUUGCAUUCACAAUGAAAUUCCAAACAAUUAGUCAACGGUUUUUAUUA